UUGUUUAUACUGAAGCCAACGCCGGAGGCUGCAGCUCCUUCCACUCCUGCUUCCAUUGCUGUCACCUUUGAACAACUCUCUAAAGCCAGCAAGAUGAAGGUGAAAUGGAGCCAAAUGGGUUUGGUGUUCUUCCUCAUUCUGUCCCUGGUGAUGACAGGCUGCUUUUUGUGGCAAUAUCAGCUUCCAAAACUUCUGCAAGAUGGAGACAUGGGCCGGAAUGGUGAUUCAGAAAGGAUGUGUCCCCGCUUCCCAGAGCCUCUCCCUCUGGAGCAUCCUAUUCCCAGUCUGAAGGAAGCGCUGGAAAAGGUGGACUUUUUGCUUCGGCAAAGCAUCAAUCCUAUCAGCCUUCCUGCUCUGUCCGCCAUCGUAGUCUUAAAUGAUACUGUUUUAUGGACCGGCAACUUUGGAAAGAGAAAUGCCAGUGAUCCCCUCUCAGGGCCACCGAACGAGUACACGAUUUAUAGAAUUGCCAGCCUAUCCAAGAUUUUCCCAACACUGAUGCUGUACAGACUGUGGGAGGAUGGGAAGAUCGGCUCCUUAGAUGACCCCUUGGAAAAAUAUGUGGAGAAUUUCACCAUCAAGAACCCUCUGGGGAAGACGCGAGACUCUGAGCUGAAAUAUAUCACAGACGGCCUCAUAUUUCUAGACAGUGGAGAGGUUCAGAUUCGCUCCUCUUCAGUCACCUUGCGCAGGAUGGCGAGCCAGCUCUCAGGUCUCCCAAGGAGGCUCCGGGCCACAAAUCUACUCUGGAAAGGAAAAACGCAAGCUGCAAUCAAUCUUCUACAAGAUGAUGUUUUAGUUGCCGAUCCGGGUACAAAGUGUCACUACAGUAACCUUGCUUUCUCUUUGCUCGCUCAUGUGAUGGCAGAGCGAGUAGCUGGAGCGGACUACCAGCGGUGGGUCGCAGAAAACAUUCUGGACAGGCUGGGGAUGGAAGACACCGGCUUCGACCUGACCCCUGGCUGGCACAGUCAGAUGGCUGUGGGGGUGUACUCUAACGGAAAACCGGCUCCGCUCUACGACCUCGGCUGGUACCGGCCUUCCGGUCAGAUGUUCUCCACGGCCGCCGACUUGGCAAAGCUCGCGAUGAUGCUGCUGGGAGCCUAUCACCGCAAGGUGCUGGAGCCGGACUCCUUGAAGAUCAUGCUGACUCCACUGUUCCGGUGCGAUAAGGACUACUUCGCGAACCGGACCGGCACCCCGUGGGAGGUGAACGAGCUGAUGGGCUACGAGUUGGUGCGAAAAGAUGGUGACCUGGACGGCUACUCUGCCACGUUCUCUCUGAUUCCCAGGCUGAAGCUCGGCCUGGUGGUGCUCAUGGCAGGCAGCAGGUCUCAGAAACAGGAUGUGGUCAGGAAGGCUUACAGCCAUAUUGUGCCGGCCAUAGAAAAGGCCUUCAGGGAAGCCAAUAAGGUCCUCGUUGCUCCCCCAAGUCCCGAUCCUUACAUCGGCAUUUUCACAUACGGCAACAUCACCUUCUAUGAGAUCAAAGUGGGGUCAGACGGAGUUCUGAUCAUGCAGCAGUUUGGUCCUCAGAUCGAAGAACUGAUCCCAGAGAAGUUCAGGACAAUAAAGCUUAACUACCUGGUUGAGCGGGUGUUCAGAGUUGUGUUUGAAAAAGAAUACCCUUGUAUAUUGCGAGUGGGCACAGCCUCAGUGUCCCUGGAAGCCCAAGAUGGCCAGUUAUUUAACUUCUACAUGUUUAAUAAGCAGGGUUUGUCUCCUGGAUUUGACGCACCGGGUCUCAAUACGUACAAUGUUGUGAGAAUCGCUCGUAAGCCGACUUUCUCCAGCUGA